AUGGGUGGCACCAGCUGUAAACUGAUUGAAGGAAAACCAAAAUGUGUACCAGAGCUGAUUCGUCGCAGUCAAGAAGAUUCCAACCCAUGCGCAAGUAAAUCUUGCCCUUUCGGCACGGAAUGCAAGCUCGAGCAGGUUCAAUGCAUAAGGGCACCUUGCCCCCCGAUCGCAGUGUGCGGCGCCCCAUCCGGGUAUAAUAAAUGUGGUGUGAAUGAGACGUUCAGAGAAUGUGCUACCAAAUGCGAGCCUACCUGUAGUAACAAAUCACCGAUUUGCAUCGAGAUGUGUGCACCGGGAAAAUGCCAAUGCAAGCCAGGAUUCUACCGUAACACCACCGGUCAAUGUGUGGCUGCGGCUGAUUGCGGUAGUUGA